AUGGCUGAAGUUGUUAAUGGUCCUUGUGAAAGUAGCCAAAGGCGGUUCGCCCAUCUCACCAACAAUCCAGCCGCAAGACGAGCUGAGAUGAAAACAGGACUGCUACAAAUUAUUUAUGCUAAUCCUUUUGCAGGUUUGGAUCAUGAAGAUCCAUACACUCACAUCACCCGAUUCUACGAAUUAGCUGGUACAUUAGGUGCACCAGAAGCUGAAGAGGAAGCCCUAUUGCCACGUUCACACCAAUUUUCAAAUGAAACUUUGUGUGAAGCCUGGGAACGCUAUAAAUCCAUGCUACGAAAGUGUCCAAACCACGGUUUCGAUGACAUGUCACAAAUCCACAUUUUCCAUAAUGGAUUAUUACCUCAACCGAAGCUUUUACUUGACGCAACAGCUGGAGGUUCCUUGAUAGCAAAAAGUGCAGCAGAAGCAAUUUCAAUCAUUGAUAGGAUGGCUCUCACAGAUCACCAAGUUCAACACAAUCGAGGUACCGUCCAAAAGAAGCCUGGAGUUUUGGAAUUGGGUACAAAUGAUGCAAUCCUAGCACAAAACAAACUGCUCACUCAAACCGUAGAGGAAUUGACAAAACAGCUGUCCAAGCUUCCUCAACAACUCAAAGAUGUGCACGGUUCAUCAAACGCAUCACAACAAGUAGCUUUUUGUGAACUUUGUACGGGUGAUCAUCCAACUGGUUUCUGUCCCCCCGAUCAACGAAGAGGUAAAAUAUAUGGGAAAUCAACAACAAAGGCAAGUUCCGUAAAUCAAGGUUAUCCAUACAACAACAACGCAAGCUAUGGCCAAAAUCGACCGAAUCAGUACCAAAGUUACACGCAACCAGAUAAGCUUUCAAAGAUCAAGGAUACCUUGAAUCAAUUCAUGCAAUUGUCCAUGGCAAACCAGAAAAACACUGAUGCGUCAAUUAGAAAUCUUGAAACGCAAGUUGGGCAAAUUGCGAAGCAACUAAGUGAGCAACAAAGAGUACGUUUUCUGCCACCACUCAAGUUAAUCCCAAGGAAAGUUGUAACGCAAUCACGACAAAAGGUAGUGACAUUGUUCAAGACAAAGUUGGGGAGAAUUCAAAAGGUAUAG